AUGGCAGCAGCAAAGUUCGGAUCCGGUGGAUCCAAAAUGACUAUGAAGGCAUCAUCACGGCCGAGUUCAGCAGCUCGUGCUGGUCCAUCAAAGCGAAAUGGCGAGGCAGCAAAAGGCAAGAGACAAGCCGUCUCGGAGCAAGUGAGCCACAGUGAAUCGGACGAAGACAUGGACAACCAAGAUCAAAUUUCGCUCGAGGGAGACGACUACGAUAACGACGAACCGGACACUGAAGACGAGAUCGAGGCAGCUAAGGGGCCAGGUUCCAAGAGCAAAAAGACGAUCAAACGCAAGCGCAGAGCCACUUCACCCACUUCGUUCGGAAGUGCGCUGGAAGGCCUGCUUGGAAUUCCACCAUCCACAUCGGCUGAAGCAAUGGAAACGCUAGAGGAGGAAGCAAAUGACGAAAAGGGGGAUGCGCAAAGUGAAGAUGAGAUAAGUGGUAGCAAGAACAAGAGGGCCAAGAGGGCUGUUUCAUCGACAAAGGCAGAGACCAAAGUGCCCGCCAUCUUGUCGCUCGCGCCGCAUCUGCGUCGAUCCGCGCAAUCCACUACACUUAGUGCACGAGCUGCGCGUAUUGCGCUCGAACAAAGACGUCGACGAGAAGAGCGAAGCCAUGUCAAGGAUGUUAUUGGUGGGUGGGGUCCACCGGGCGUGCUUCCCGCGCUCGAGGACGAAGAUGGGAAUGUGAUGGAAACCAUGCGCAAUGCCGAGGACGAUGUGGAACGAUUGCAAGAAUUCGCGAGUCAAGGCGGCAGUCAGAGCUACGAGCGCAAGCUGCGCAAAGUAGCCCAACGCGGUGUCGUCAAGCUGUUUAACGCGAUUCGUGCUGCUCAAACCACCACCGAGGACGACCUGCAAGAGGUAGAAGCCAAGAAGAGUGCAGCGUCAGCCUCUGCUACUGCAAGCGACAAAGCAGGUAGCCAAACAACAGCAGCAGCCUCGGCCAAAAAGGGCGGACUCGCAAGCAAAGACGCGCGCCUCGCUGAUCUGAGCAAAUCAAACUUUUUGGAUCUUAUUAAGAAGAGUUCCAAAUCCAAGAGUAAUAGCGUUGGUGUUACUGCCAAGUAA